GACCGCGGCGCAGUCGGUCGGGAGCGCGGGACCCUCCCUGGCUCUCCCGGCGACUUCGGGCACAUGUUGCGUCGGCCAGCCUCGGCGAGGACUCGCACUUAAGUAAACAAACGUCACGCCAACCGCGACGGUUGAGCUACAGAUUCGAGCGACAGUCGAUAAGAUAGAGCCAACGAACCAACAUCGAAAUGAAAAUGUGAGUGUGCGUGUUGACGACAUGGCCAAGUCUAGUGAAGCGAAGAAAAACAGCGAAGAAGACAGCACGAUGGACGGCGACAGUGAAGAGGAGAUGGGAUGCGCGGGCCGCUGCAUGGCCUGGCUGCGCAUCAACCCUAAUCUCGUCAUGCUGAAAGUUACGCUCUUUGUGAUGUACGGAGCCACUGCCUCCCUUUUACCGUAUUUAACCAUACACAUGCAGAGUAUAGGACUCACUGUGCCUGAAAUUUCUUUUGUGUAUUUAGCUUUACCGUUCACCACGUUCUUGAGUCCGCCGAUCACUGGAUUUUUGGUGGAUCGUUUUGGGGAAUACAAGCCGGUUGUUAUCACGGCUCUGAUCCUCAACGCGGCGUUCCAUCACUCGCUGCUCCUGAUCCCGCACCAGGAGACGCCUGGCGUGAUGCCGUCUGCAUACGUCAUGCGACAUCCGAUAACAAAUAGCGUGGAGAUUUGGUGGAGUCCCUGUCCGAGCAGAGAGUGUCCCGACGAGGAUGAAACAGUGGACUUUGUGCUGGACCGCUGUGUGGACCACUGCCAGCUGUACCGGCCCACGGAGAGCCCCGCCAUCGACCCGACCGAGGAUGACGACAAGGACGACCUGAAUUUCCACAUUAGUCACAAAAUUCAACCCCCCAAUUUGUCUAAUAGCAGUUACUUAAACUUGACCGAGAGCGAUGAAGACUAUAAUGAUGCUGCUUUCUUCUUGAUCGAAGUUCACGACGAUUUGGGAGAGCCUAAAGAACAACUUGGGAUAGAAAUGGAAAGAGACGAAGACGAUCAGGUAACAGAUUUUAGAUCAAGGUUUGGAGAGAAGUUGUUAAUAGCGCAGGGGGUCAACAUAACUGCACUUGAUAAAGAAGAUCUAAGGUGCGGUGGGCUGGUCAUGUUGCACAAUAUGACCAAGCUGUCACAACAGAGGCUGGAGAUCCUCUCCGCUGACUGCAUGGUCCAGAAAUGUGAUUUCAGGAGAGGCGGCCCCGACAUAUGUCCGCCGGACUACAAGGAGAGCGACGAUAAAACAUUCUACAUUUACUUUUUCCUGAGGUUCAUGGGCACUAUAAUGCUUUCGGCUGGCGUCACCAUCAUGGACCCUAUUGCUCUGACCAUGAUACAAAAGUACGGCGGAGAUUUUGGACGAGAACGAUUGUUCUCUAGUAUUGGAAUGGCUAUAUUUUCACCUAUCACCGGAAUGCUUAUAGAUAUGCGGAGUAAACAAGUUGGUUACACUGACUAUUCAGCCGCUUUUUACACUUACGAUGUAUUGCUCCUGAUAUCAGCCAUCACUGUGGCGGUCAUGCCUCUCGGAGCCAAGCUGCCGGCAGACAAUCUACUCCGAGAUUUGGUCAACAUCAUCAAAAUGCCUCAUAUCAUUAUUUUCAUAUUUUUUCUAUUCGCAUUAGGAAACUUUUGGGGAUUUAUCGAAUCUUAUCUGUUUAUUUAUUUGAAGGAAUUAGGUGCACCUAAUUUCUUAUUGGGAAUAACCGUGACCGUGGGCACGCUGAGCAGCAUUCCGUUCCUGUACGGCGCGGAUGCCAUCACCGCGCGCAUCGGGCACGUCAACGUCAUCAUCGUCGCGUUCUUCUCCCACGCCGCCAGACUCGUCGGCUACUCCUUUAUUGAGAAUUCCUGGUGGUGCUUCCCGUUCGAAGCGAUGGAAUCCCUGUCUGUACAUCUGAUGUGGGUUGCAGCGGCCACCUACUGUGCCAUGCUGGCUCCCAAGAGUUUGCUCGCUACACUUAUCGGGGUAUUAGGAAUGGCGCACUUUAGUCUUGGAAGAGGAAGUGGCAGUUUCGGAGGAGGACUGCUAAUCGCGUCACUCGGUACUAGAGAAGCUUUCCGCUAUAUGGGACUAAUUGCCUUCCUCGGCGGAAUCUUGUACGGAUUGCUACACUAUUUCUGGCUCAGGAAAAUUAACAUGACGGGAAUUGAGGACUCCUGUGAGCCUGAUACUGAAAGUGGCGAAGGUGAUAAACUAAACGGCGAACCUUUAAAGAAAGAUGCAGAAACAAUGGUGUCUCUCGAGCGGCUACAUAUGAUCACUCGGUUCAACCCGCUGGGCUCGCUGCAUUCCUUGCCGAGAGGCUCCCGAUCGCGGUUCUCCCAGGGUGACAUCAACGAAUGCAGAAGUCGCAGCGGCAGUAACUCACAGAGACGCGGCAGCAACUACGAGGGAUCGGCAUCGAAAGUAGAUCUGUUGAGAUCUGCUCUCGAAAUCAGCAACCAACACGGGAAGGGCCACAUAUCUAACCCAAUGCUGUCCACCUCCAACAGGACCCCACAUCCGUAUAAGCAAGCGCACAGCGCGCCGAAGCUGGUGGUGGUGGGGCUCGCGCCGCGCAACAACAUCUCCCAGCCCGCGCUGGCCGAGUACGACCCGCGCCGCCGCGACUCCAUCCCCGAGGAGGCCGAGGAGGACCGCCUCGCGCCGCCGCCGCCGACCUACCACGAGGCCACCGGCGACCACAGGAAGAGCUGGCACUCCGACGACAGCGCGCCCACCUAGGACGGCUCCGGGCGGACUGUCCCGAGUGAUGCGGUCCGUCUGAUAAUCUUAGAUUACUAAAGCCAUUGAAGUCACCGAUUAUAAUAAAGUGGUUUAGGUAUCUUAAAUCGGACAUUAGAUUAAUACUAAUAUUGUAGAUUAAAGUAAUGAUUUGUUCAAAGCCACUGGCGGCGGCGGUUAAGAAUAUGGCGAAAUCGAUUAGUUUCUAUUCAUCUUUAAUGCUGUAUUAGCUGUGCGCCCGAUAAUAUUUAACACCCUUAGGGUGUGAGUUCCUUAGUACUCAUUAACGUUCCAUAUAAAGGAAAAAGUGUAUCUACAAAAUUUGCCCUGUAGAGCUGUCGGUUUAACCGACGCGUUUUGUAUCAGUUAGUCAGUGUUAAGAUUUUUAUUAAGUAGAAGAAUUCCUGCGUCUAGGUUAUAUUAUAAAAAAUGUGUUUCUUUAGCCGACUUAAAACCUGUUCAGUUAAGGUCGUCAUUAUGUUACGACUAGCGAGAAAAUGAUUACAAUAAGUAACUAUUUUCGUGGUAUAAAAUAUCAUCAUUCAAUAUGGCUUUUGAAUAGUAUGGAAGAAUCGCCACUGCAAUGCUUUAUAGAGAGUCUAGAAUAUUCGCCUUUUUAAAAAGUUUUAAAAGAGGCUACGAGUAAAAUUACUCUGAUUGUUUUCUAAUAUUAAUUAGGUAAAGCAGAUAUUGCAAAAUUAACGCUAAAGAUAAAAAAUAAUUGAAAGGUCAUAGAUAGCGCUUUAAAUUAAGUUUGUGUCAAUUUUAUAUCGAACGUAAAUAAUGUGCAAGUAAAGAAAAGCAAAAACAAAUUCAUGUUAUAAUAUUUUUGUCUUAACUUAGUGAAUAUGUAUACACACUUUUGUAAAGGCUUUAAUUUAUUUAAGUUGUAGAUAAAUACUAUAAAUAAAUGUUAUCAGUUACAGAUUU